AUGGGAGAAGGGAAGGGCAAGGCCCACAAGGAGAAACGCAUCCAAGUACCAAGCGCAUGCAUCAAUUGCAGAAAUUCGAAAGUGAAGUGCACGGGUGAACAUCCUAGAUGCCAGCGUUGCGAGCAAAGGGAUGUGCCAUGCGAGUUUGACGUCGCCGAAGGCAUGACAAAGCGUCAAUAUCAGAAGGAUGAACUUGCGGAGCGCACACUGCAGCUCGAUCAAUGCAAGGGCCUCUUGAGGUACAUGAUUAUGGCGCCGGACCACGAAGCGGCAGAGUCACUUGCUCGUCUACGAGUCGGGUCCGCGUUCGAGGAC